CUUUUUUUGGAAAUACUCCGAUACAUUCCCAAUUUCGUUAUUGGUUUAUCUUGAACUACUUUCUUUCUUACAAUUAUUUCUCUGCACAAACCACCGCAGAUCGCUGCUCCUCGCCAUUACCCCGCUCCGCUCCUCUCCUCGCGACAUUCCCCCAUACUUUCUUUAUCGCGAAAAAAGCUCUUUUUUUGUGUAUUUUCGAAGGGUAACACCCUUUUCCCCCAAUUAAUUGAACCCUAAUUCCAAUGUUCUUUUUUCUGGGUGCACGAUUUAACUGCAAUUUUAGGUAGUACCGCUUAAUUGUAUCCCGAAACCAUGAUCUGAUUGUGUUUUUACUUUGAAGAAUCAAGAAGAAACUCGGGUUAAAAGAAAUGGCGAUAGCGGCGCCGGAGCAGCUAAACACUACAGAAAUUCCUGCUUGGGGCUCUCGAAGUGUUGAUUGCUUCGAGAAAUUGGAGCAGAUUGGCGAAGGAACUUAUGGACAAGUUUACAUGGCAAGAGAAAUCAAAACAGGGGAAAUUGUUGCUUUGAAGAAGAUACGGAUGGACAAUGAAAGAGAAGGGUUCCCCAUAACAGCCAUCCGUGAAAUUAAAAUAUUAAAGAAACUUCACCACGAAAAUGUCAUCAAGCUAAAAGAAAUCGUCACCUCUACUGGUCCUGAGAAGGAUGAGCCACCUGCACCAGAUGGUAACAAGUACAGAGGUGGGAUUUAUAUGGUCUUUGAGUACAUGGACCAUGAUUUAACUGGCCUUGCUGAUCGUCCUGGAAUGAGAUUCUCAGUGCCGCAGAUUAAGUGCUAUAUGAGACAGCUUUUGACAGGGCUGCACUACUGUCAUGUAAAUCAAGUGCUUCACCGUGAUAUUAAAGGUUCAAAUCUUCUGAUAGACAAUGAAGGAAACUUGAAACUUGCAGACUUUGGUCUUGCCCGGUCAUUUUCAAGUGAUCAUAAUGCUAACCUUACAAAUCGUGUGAUUACUUUGUGGUAUAGGCCCCCAGAGUUGCUGCUUGGCACCACAAAGUAUGGCCCUGCUGUGGAUAUGUGGUCAGUGGGUUGCAUAUUUGCUGAGCUUCUUAAUGGGAAACCAGUAUUUCCCGGGAAAGAGGAGCCGGAACAAUUAAAUAAAAUAUUCGACAUCUGUGGCACUCCCAGCGAGGAAAUCUGGCCUGGAGUCUCAAAGAUUCCUUGGUAUAACAAUUUCAAACCUAGUAGAGUUAUUAAAAGACGACUUAGAGAGCACUUCAGACACUUUGACAGGCAUGCAUUGGAUUUAUUGGACAAGAUGUUGACUCUUGAUCCAUCUCAGAGAAUAUCAGCAAAGGAUGCUCUUGAUGCUGAGUACUUCUGGACAGAUCCAUUACCUUGUGAUCCGAAAAGUUUGCCCAAGUAUGAAUCUUCCCACGAGUUCCAAACAAAGAAAAAGCGCCAGCAACAGCGCCAGCAGCAUGAAGAAAACUCAAAGCGCCAGAAGCUACAACACAAUCAGCAGCAUUCGCGACUCCCACCAAUUCAGCAGUCUGGGCACGCGCAUGCUCAGAUGCGAGCAGGUCAAAAUCCACCUGCGCAUGGUGGACAGCCUCAGGUAGCCGGAGUACCUGGCCAUCAUUAUGGUAAGCCACGACCUUCAGCUGGGCCAGGAAGAUACCCACCGGGUGGAAAUCCUUCUGGAAACUACAACCAUCCCAAUCGUGGUCAAGGUAGUGGAGGUUAUGGCACGGGUGCCUAUCCACCUCAAGGGCGCGCUCCCCCAUAUGGCUCUAGCGCCAUGCCCGGUGCUGCCCCUCGAGGCCCUAAUUACCCCCAUGGCGCUCCUCCAUAUGGGACUUCAGCUGCAGGACGUGGCAGCUCGAACAUCAUGUCUGGGAAUCGCAACCAGCAAUACAAUUGGCAGCAAUAAUGUAUUGCAUUUGCAUGAUGACCUUUGAGUGUGCUUUAUGAGGUUGUAUGAUAGAGGACAUGAAUUGUAUAAUUGUGGAGGAAUGUAUCUCUUCCAGGGUGUAUGAUUAAAACCUAAUUACUACGUAACAAGGUUGUAUGAUAGAUUACAUGACUUGUAUAAUUGUGGAGGAACGUAUCUCUCUAUUUUGUAAGGUGUUAGGAUUUGUGAUAUCGAAAUUGUUCUUUACUUAAAA